UCGUGCUCCAGUGAGACUUUAUUUAAGGAGGAAGCGGACUGGAUGUGCUCUGCCGUCCCCUGCCCUCCUCCCCUCCGCUUGCCUGUCCCCUUCAUGGAUGGAGUUGCACCCUUAGGACUCUUGAAUGUCACAUUUGUGGUUAGCGCAGAUGAGGGUGUGCGAUCACCACCAGAGGCCGGUGUCCCUAAGCCACAGCUGCUCUGGCUUGGCCUGGACUCCGCUUGCCCAUCCGUGCCCAUCCGUACUCUCUCUGGAGCUAAACGAAGCUCCUUGCGCACACACCCCACAGACAUCCGCACAUGCCUGUGUCAGGGAGCAUAGGUCCCGUGUGGGACGGCAGGACACAGAACCCUCUCGGGAACUCUUUGGCUGUGUGCCAGCUCUCUGCUUGCUCCGGGGCCUGCAGGCAGAGACCCCUGAUUCCCAGCAGGCAGAGGCUCUGGGAACAGGACAGUGUCCCGGGGUGGUCCUGGUUUGCAGGGUCUACAGGUGGGGGAGUGGCUUGGGCCAUGGCCCAGGGUCCCAGUACUGAAGCACCCACGGAGGGUCCAGCAAGGGGGCCGGGCCGCAGGAGAGCUGAGGUGUGAGUCCACACUCGACAGCCGCAUACCACCCGCAGCGGCGGAGGUCUGUGCUCUGUACCAGGAGGCCUGGUCCCCCAGCUCAUCCCCUUAGUUGCGGCGUUGUGGCCAGUGACCUCCUCUCUCCCGACACAGGCUGAAAUCAGCUGGCGGGCCCUGCCCUGCCCUGCCCUGCCCUGCCCUGCCCUGCCCCGUCCCGCCCACCAUGGACCAGGACUACGAGCGCCGGCUGCUGCGGCAGAUCGUCAUCCAGAAUGAGAACACCAUGCCUUGUGUCACAGAGAUGCGGAGGACCCUGACGCCAGCCAACUCCCCGGUGUCCUCGCCCAGCAAGCACGGCGACCGCUUCAUCCCCUCGCGGGCCGGGGCCAACUGGAGCGUGAACUUCCACCGCAUCAAUGAGAACGAGAAGUCGCCCAGCCAGAACCGCAAAGCCAAGGAUGCCACUUCCGACAACGGCAAGGACGGCCUGGCCUACUCCGCCCUGCUGAAGAACGAGCUGCUAGGCGCCGGCAUAGAGAAGGUGCAGGACCCGCAGACCGAGGACCGGAGGCUACAGCCCUCCACCCCCGAGAAGAAGGGCCUCUUCACGUAUUCCCUCAGCACCAAGCGUGCCAGCCCCGAUGACGGCAACGACGUGUCCCCGUACUCCCUGUCCCCCGUCAGCAACAAGAGUCAGAAGCUGCUGCGGUCCCCGCGGAAGCCCACGCGCAAGAUCUCCAAGAUCCCCUUCAAGGUCCUGGACGCACCUGAGCUGCAGGACGACUUCUACCUCAACCUGGUGGACUGGUCCUCCCUCAAUGUGCUCAGCGUGGGGCUGGGGACCUGCGUCUACCUGUGGAGCGCGUGCACCAGCCAGGUGACCCGGCUCUGCGACCUCUCUGUGGAAGGCGACUCGGUGACCUCCGUGGGCUGGUCUGAGCGGGGCAACCUGGUGGCGGUCGGCACACACAAGGGCUUCGUGCAGAUCUGGGACGCGGCGGCGGGGAAGAAGCUGUCUGUGUUGGAGGGUCACACGGCGCGCGUCGGGGCGCUGGCCUGGAACGCAGACCAGCUGUCUUCCGGCAGCCGUGACCGCAUGAUCCUGCAGAGAGACAUCCGCACGCCGCCCCUGCAGUCAGAGCGGAGGCUGCAGGGCCACCGGCAGGAGGUGUGUGGGCUCAAGUGGUCCACAGACCACCAGCUCCUCGCCUCGGGGGGCAACGACAACAAGCUGCUGGUGUGGAACCACUCGAGCCUCAGCCCCGUGCAGCAGUACACAGAGCACCUGGCGGCCGUGAAGGCCAUCGCCUGGUCCCCACACCAGCACGGCCUGCUGGCGUCAGGUGGCGGCACGGCCGACCGCUGCAUCCGCUUCUGGAACACGCUCACGGGGCAGCCGCUGCAGUGCAUCGACACGGGCUCGCAAGUGUGCAACCUGGCCUGGUCCAAACACGCCAACGAGCUGGUGAGCACCCACGGCUACUCCCAGAACCAGAUCCUCGUGUGGAAGUACCCGUCCCUCACGCAGGUGGCCAAGCUCACCGGCCACUCCUACCGCGUUCUCUAUCUGGCAAUGUCCCCUGAUGGGGAGGCCAUUGUCACUGGUGCCGGAGAUGAAACCCUGAGGUUCUGGAACGUCUUUAGCAAAACUCGUUCAACAAAGGAGUCCGUGUCAGUGCUCAACCUCUUCACCCGGAUCCGGUAGACCCACAGGGCGGCUGUGCCGCCUCCUCCCUGGGCGGAGAUCCCAACUCCUCAACCUGCAUGGACCUAUGUGCCCGCCGCCCCUCCAUGCCCCGGAGGCAGCGGGCGCUGGGCGCUGGGCGCUGGGCCGGAGACGGCAGGAGUCUAAUUAAAUGCCUGAUGUGAGCCAUGUUCACCAGUAUUUGGGCGGACGCGGGACCCUCAGGAUGACUCCGGCUCUGUCUCCCGUCGUGUGGCCGAAGGCCCACUGAGCCCAGAUGGACGCCCGGCCCCUGGUGCCCACCCUUGCUGGGGGCUGCAUGCUCUUCCAGGAGCCCCCGCCACCCUGCUGCCAGCAACAGACAGCAGCUCGAGCUGGGGACAUCGUGGGGGCCGGCGUGUCCUGCCCAGGAACAUCUCCAGAUGAACUUGUUGCUGCAGGCUGGGGAGGUGGCGUCCACCCGCGCGUGUCCUGUGUCCACCCCAGUGCAUCCCUCACUGGCCCAGCCGGCCCCUCACUACGAGACUCUGGUUCUCCAGCCGGGAGAGGGUGCCUGUCGGACCACGUGGGCAGCCACUGACCUUGGCGGCUCCUCGUCCCCCAGCUCCCUGCCUGUCCCCACCCUCCACG